AUGGGUAAAAUUGUAGUGUGUUUAUUGUAUGGCCUUCCAGCAAGUGGCAAAUCUUCUGUUGCAAAAUUAUUGGAAGAAAAAUUAAAAAACUUGAAUUUCAUCGUGGAACGAUUGGAAUACGAUCAAGUCUUGCGGAAUCAUCAAGAACAGAAAAAUAUCAUGGAUUUUUCUUCGGAAUUAUGGAAGGAAUCAAGACAAGUGGUUGAAAAACAAACUAUUGAACUUGUGGAAAAUUAUUUAUCAAGUCAAGACGAUAAAUCAAUGGUCAUCAUCUUGGAUGAUAAUUUCUAUUAUAAAAGUAUGAGACAUGAAUUUGUACAGAUUUGCAGAAAUUAUACGCUUUCAAAUGUUCAAUUGCUGUUAAAGUGCCCAGUGGAUUUGUGCAUUGAGAGGGAUAAGCAGAGAAGAACACCCGUUGGAGAUGGUAUUAUCAUGGAAAUGAGCAAAAAGUUCGAAUAUUCAGAAACCGCAUCCGAUGAAUUUAUUUUCCAUGUCGAGUAUGACACUUCUGACACAAGCCAAUUUAAUAAUAUUUGUGACAGUGUCAUCCAAGUUAUACAUCUCUCACUAGAUCAUCCUCUCCAAAAUGUAAUCAAGCUUCAAAGUGAAAUGAGAGAAGAAAGUCAAAGACAAAACAGAGAAUCAUUCGGCAAAUGUUUGGAUGAUGGAAUACGUAAACAGAUAUCCUAUCUGAUUGAACACAAUUUAAUUGAGAAGACUAAAGCCAAACAGCUUUCCAUCAUCAAACGAGAUGUUUUAAAAAAGGCAAAGAAAGAGAAUGGACUACAAUUCUAUUUUGACAUGUUUGAUAAUGAAGUUCAAAAGAUGAAUUAA